UCACCGCCUAUUGGUUUAGGCACGUGAGUGUAAUUGCAUUUGCAGGGUGGAGUCCGUUUAGAAAGAUCGUAUUUGCUUUGCUCUCACAAUCCUUUUGCUUUUGCUCUUGCGGGUUUUUGGUGGUGGUCGUAAGAAGUGCAAUGGAAGCAGCGAUCGGGAAAUUCUUUGGAUCGGUCGGCAACUUCUUCUCCGGCGGGGAUCAGAUCCCUUGGUGCGACGCCGACAUCAUCGCUGGUUGUGAGCGUGAGGUUGCUGAGGCAGAGAAAGGUUCGUCUGAUGAACUAAAAAGUGAAUGUAUUAUGAGGUUAUCAUGGGCACUUGUUCACUCAAGACGACCAGAAGAUGUGCAGCGUGGCAUAGCUAUGCUUGAAGCUUCUCUGACAGGCAUUAGCAGCCCUCUGGUGAUGAGAGAGAAGCUUUAUCUUCUGGCUGUUGGAUAUUAUAGAAGUGGCGAGUAUUCAAGGAGCAGGCAGCUUGUUGAACGAUGUCUGCAGAUUGCUCCUGAUUGGCGGCAGGCCCUGAGGCUAAAGAAGACAAUUGAAGAUCGGAUUACAAAAGAUGGAGUGAUUGGAAUAGGCAUCGCGGCAACUGCCGUAGGACUGUUGGCUGGCGGUGUUGCGGCGGCCCUGACCCGGAAGAACUGAUGACAACCAUCCGUCGGGGGUUACUGUUCCUCCUAUACAUAUAUAUACACGACGUGUAUCUCUUGUCUUUCUCCGAGCGUGUAUCUAGAUGUUCGUUGGUUCUAAUUAGCUGGCUGUCUUGGUUCUUUUUUUUGCCUUGUGUUCAUACCAUAUAUGAUGUGAAGAAGAUUUGAUAAUAAUGCAUAAUGCUUACUUGCUAGAACA